UAGGGGGGAAGGGACUUGACUGAACAGCUGAACAAAGGUAUUGAAUCGAAUCGAAUUGUGUUCGCUGUGCGCUUCUCUCGCAAUUAUCUAAGUUUCGCGAUCAGAAAAGAUGUCGAAAUAUAGGAUCGUUAUGGUUCGUCACGGCGAGAGCGAGUGGAAUAAGUUGAACCUUUUCUGCGGGUGGUAUGACGCCAAUCUGUCGGACAAGGGCAAGAAUGAGGCUGUAUCUGCAGGAAAGGCUAUCAAGGAUGCAGGCUAUACAUUCGAUAUAGCUCAUACAUCGGUACUCACAAGAGCACAGGAGACUCUCAAAUCGAUCCUAAAGGAAAUUGGUCAAGAAAAUCUACCUGUUCAUAAGACGUGGCGUUUGAAUGAACGACAUUAUGGUGGUCUUACUGGUAUGAACAAAGCAGAAACUGCUGCCAAAUAUGGAGAGGAACAGGUACAGAUCUGGCGGAGAUCAUUUGAUGUACCACCACCGCCAAUGGAAUCUGAUCACAAAUAUUAUGACACGAUAGUGAAAGAUGCGCGUUAUGCCGAUGGGCCAAAGCCGGACGAAUUUCCGAAGUUUGAAUCCCUCAAAUUGACCAUCGAGAGGACAUUACCUUACUGGAACGAUACAAUUAUUCCACAGUUGAAAGAGGGCAAGAAGAUCAUUAUAGCUGCUCAUGGAAACAGUUUACGUGGCAUAGUAAAACAUUUGGAUGAAAUGAGCAAUGAGCAAAUUAUGGGACUGAAUCUGCCGACCGGUAUCCCGUUUGUAUACGAAUUGGAUGAGAAUUUCAAGCCUGUCAUUUCUAUGAAGUUCCUGGGUGAUGAAGAGACAGUUAAGGCUGCGAUGGCCGCAGUUGCCGCGCAAGGAAAAGCCAAAUAAAUUAAUAAUAAUAAUAAUAAAAACCGUCUAAUGUGUGUCGAUGUUCGAAAAGCAAAAAUCUGUUAUACUCGUA